CAGUCACAAGAUGAUUUGAAGUAAACGAAAAAAAAAAAACACAGAAAGCGUUCCUGCCAUUCACAACAGCAGCAGAAGCGUUAGGAGGGAUUUUACGCAGCAACAAUGAGUGAAUCACUGGUUGUGUGUGACGUGGAUGAAGAUCUGGUUAAGAAGCUGAAGCAGUUCCGUUUCCGGAAAGAGACCAACAACGCGGCUAUCAUCAUGAAGAUCGAUAAAGACAAGCAGCUUGUUGUUCUCGAAGAAGAACACGAGGAUAUCUCUCCUGAUGAUCUAAAGGAUGAACUGCCUGAGAGACAACCCAGAUUCGUUGUCUACAGUUAUAAGUAUCAACAUGAUGAUGGACGUGUGUCCUAUCCACUCUGCUUCAUCUUCUCCAGCCCAGUGGGUUGCAGACCAGAGCAGCAGAUGAUGUACGCAGGAAGCAAAAACAAACUGGUGCAAACCGUUGAACUCACCAAGGUGUUUGAGAUCAGAAACACAGAGGACCUGACAGAAGAGUGGCUCAGAGAGAAACUGGGAUUCUUUCGCUAAGGUCGUGACCUCCUCCAGAGGUACGGGACGCGAGGAGGAUCCAGAUCACACAAAUCGUGUCGUCUUUCAAAGUGAAUACAUUGACAUUAAUUUUUCCCCUCCUCUUUGUGUGGACCUGAUUUGAAUAGUUUUUGCAAAUAGUCUUUUUACAGCUUAUCUGGGUGACGUUUACACAACCGUACAGUUCAGUGUGUGCCAGAAGGCAUCACUAAUUAUCAUUCUUCUAUAUGACGGUCCGUGGUCGCGCCGCCGACUAAACCUCAGCCAUCUGGUCGCCUAAAUCUGCAAAUACUAUUUGAAGCAGGCCCACUUUGUUUCCGUACCACUUCUCCAUGUGCCAGUGACGUGUCGGUGUUGAAUCAACGCUCCCAUGGUGGCAGAAGUCAGUCGUAUGUAUCCGCCCCCUCACAGCACGCUCAUUCAGCGUAACAAUCGUUUCUAGUUCCUGGGAAAAAAAUGUACUCUUCACCUUUUGUUUCCAACUCAGAACCUCAGUUUCACUGUUUUUUUUACAUUUUUAUUUUUUUUAAAUAUUAGAGCGUUAGUUUUUCCUCUCAGAACUGUAGAACAAAUAACACAACUGAGCGCCGUCAGUCGUACCUUUAGUGUUUUCUUUUAGGUUAUUAAAUGCUAAAAGACCGGUUCCUGAUAUGAGCUCAUUUUCUGCUCUGUUGGUUUGUUGCAGGACUUUAUUCAAAGAAAACCACUAAAAUGAACAGUGGGAUUGUUACAGGGAACAACUAGCCAAACAUUCCAAACGCUAUUUCUACACUUUAAAGAGCAAGUCACCCCCUACCAGAGUUUUACUCCACUCCCACUUCCAGUUUGAAAAAUACAACAAAUGCUGUUGCCUAGCAGGCCGAGAGGGUGAAGUUGCUAAUACACACACGGCAUUGUGACAUCAUAUGGUACCAGCUAACAUUCCAGGGUACCUCUUAGCCAAUAGAUGGCAGAUUUAAAUUCAAAUGCAUUGCAGAGUUUUUACCUGACAACGGCACAAAACUGACCGUUUUAGGCAGAAAAUUUAAAUUUUAAUUAAAAUGCACUAAAGUGCUAAACUAUUGACUACACGUGUCUGCAGCACGAUUAGACACGCAUUUAUAUAGUUUAUCAGAAAAAAAAGUUAAUUUGGGGGUGACUUGCUCUAUAUUAUUGGUUCUAGUGACAUCCUCUGGGCUAAUCUUGUGCAUUAUAGCUUUAAUAGUGGUGAAUUUUGUUUGUUAUGAAAAACAACUUUGACCACUUUAUGGUCAUGACAUCCAUGUGAAUGAUGCUGCGACUCUUCCAAACGCCAAUUGUGCUUCAUUUACAGUGGUGUGAAAACUAUUUGCCCCCUUCCUGAUUUCUUAUUCUUUUGCAUGUUUGUCACACAAAAUGUUUCUGAUCAUCAAACACAUUUAACCAUUAGUCAAAGAUAACACAAGUAAACACAAAGUGAAGUUUUCAAAUGAUGGUUUUUAUUAUUUAGGGAGAGAACAAAAUCCAAACCUACAUUGCCCUGUGUGAAAAAGUAAUUGCCCCCGAACCUAAUAACUGGUUGGGCCUCCCAUAGCAGCAAUAACUGCUAUCAAGCGUUUGUGAAAACUUGCUACGAGUCUUUUACAGCGCUCUGGAGGACUUUUGGCCCUCUCAUCUUUGCAGAAUUGUUGUAAUUCAGCUUUAUUUGAGGGGUUUCUAGCAUGAACCGCCUUUUUAAGGUCCUGCCAUAACAUCUCAAUAGGAUUCAGGUCAGGACGUUGACUAGGCCACUCCAAAGUCUUCAUUUUGUCGUUCUUCAGCCAUUCCGAGGUAGAUUUGCUGGUGUGUUUUGGGUCAUUGUCCUGCUGCAGCACCCAAGAUCGCUUCAGCUUUAGUUGACGAACAGAUGGCCGGAUGUUCUCCUUCAGGAUGUUUUGGUAGACAGUAGAAUUCAUGGUUCCAUUUAUCACAGCAAGCCUUCCAGUUCCUGAAGCAGCAAAACAACCCCAGACCAUCACACUGCUACCACCAUAUUUUACUGUUGGUAUGAUGUUCUUUGUCUGAAAUGCUGCGUUACUUCUACACCAGAUGGAACGGGACAUUUGCCUUCCAAAAAGUUCAACUUUUGUCUCAUCAGGCCACAAGGUAUUUUCCCAAAAGUCUUGGCAACCAUUGAGAUGUUUCUUAGCAAAAUCGAGACAAGCCCUGAUGUUCUUUUUGCUUAACAGUGAUUUGCAUCUUGGAAAUCUGCCAUGCAGGCCAUUUUUGCCCAGUCUCUUUCUUAUGGUGGAGUCGUGAACACUGACCUUAAUUGAGGCAAGUGAGGCCUGCAGUUCCGUAGACGUUGUCCUGGGGUCUUUUGUGACCUCUCGGAUGAGUUGUCUCUGUGCUCUUGGGGUAAUUUUGGUCGGCCGCCCACUCCUGGGAAGGUUCACCACUGUUCCAUGUUGUUGCCAUUUGUGGAUGAUGGCUCUCACUGUGGUUCGCUGGAGUCCCAAAGCUUUAGAAAUGGCUUUGGUCUUGAAUUUCUUUGGAUCUUGGCAUGAUGUCUAGCUUUUGAGGUGCUUUUGGUCUACUUCUCUGUGUCAGGCAGCUCAUAUUUAAGUGAUUUCUUGAUUGAAACAGGAGUGGCAGUAGGGGUGGCUACAGAAAUUGAACUCAGGUGUGAAACACCACAGUUGGGUUAUUUUUUAACAAGGGGGGCAAUUACUUUUUCACACAGGGCAAUGCAGGUUUGGAUUUUGUUCUCUCCCUAAAUAAUAAAAACCAUAAUUCCAAAACCGCAUAUUGUGUUUACUUGUGUUACCUUUGACUAAUGGUUAAAUGUGUUUGUCACACAAAAUGUUUCUGAUCAUCAAACAUGCAAAAGAAUAAGAAAUCAGGAAGGGGGCAAAUAGUUUGUCACACCACUGUGUUUUUAGGCAGAUUCAUGCUUUCCACACAGAACCGACCAGAUUGAGACGCUCAAUCCCUUCAAUGAUUGUAUUUAUCUCUAAAAUCCAGCAGAUUUUAAAUUGACAUGAUGGACGUCAUCUGUGUUAGAAUGAAAAGAGAAAGAGGCCAGAAGCUGAUUUUAAGCCUCCCCUUGACUUCAGGGAUUUCUGAAAACUGAGAUUUUCUGUUUGCAUCUGCCGCCCACGAGGUUUUGAAGAGAAAACUUUGGCAUUGAGUAAUGUGGAUACCUGGUGGUGCUGAGGAGGUAUUUGAUCAUCUUGAUGGAAUAACAUCGACAGAAGUAGAGCCGACGAGCCUAAAACAUGAUUCCUAUCUGCUAAAUCUACAAAUGCCUUUUUAAAAAUCAUUUUCAUAUGUUAGAGUCAAAAUGAUGUCAUUUUGUUUAUUGAAGCACACAAACAAAUUUUGUAACAUUUUUUCUGAAACCUCUCCAAAGGUAAAAAAAAACGUUCCGUUUUAUAGUAAAAAUAUUCUUAGUUCCAGGAAAACGGCUCAAAACUACGUAGGCACAGACGGCUUUAUUUACUGAUGUUACCCUCUACACACAUCUUGAAACCUACCUUUAGCUCGUUUUUCUGUCUGCUGGUAUUAUUAAAGCUCCGUCUCACCAUGCAGGUCCGCCUGCAUCGUGGAGCGAAAUUUAGCUUAAAACAAACUUUUGUAAACACUGGAAAUCCUUUUUGCCAGGUGCCAAACAGGCCAACUCUGAAACAUCCAGUUUGAUGGUUUAAUGUGUGUUAAUCUUGACUUUCUAAAUUCUGAUCUCUCAAAUGUGUACGACUACUGUAUGUCAAGUGCAUUCUGGAAUAAACCGCUUCCAUAUUCAUAUGAUGCACACAAGACUGAAUCAUUCAUACGGUUUUAUUUACACGAGAACCUAAACAUCACUCCAUCUGGAUCAUCUGGAGCUUCAGCUAAGAUGCAGGACUAUCUAAGAUCAGGUUUUUUUUCUUGGUUGAAUAAAUCACCAUGGCAACCACAUUUUGAUCAGUCAGUUCUUAGACAGCACGUGAUAAGUUCAUCAAUCAAGUUCUUAGUGAAACCAUUCAGUUUGAUUUUCAAUUGCAAAAAGUCUAUGAGUAAAUCUCAACUGAAAAUAAUUUUUUUGACUAUUUAUUUUUUAAUGAACUUUGCAACCAGUCAGCUAAUUAAAUUUGAUUGUGUUUUUCUUAUUUUGGGUUAAUUGAAACAUCCAGAAAUCUGAAAGAAUAAGACUGAAAAUCUCUCCCAGGUCACAAUGUCGUGUUCUGAACUGCAUUAUUUACUCAAUCGAGGAGAUUCCAGUGUUGUUUUUGUUCAGAUUUCACUCAUUUUCUUCAUGGUACAGAUCUCUGGUGUGAGACCACACUUGAUACGUGGUGUCUCAGGACCAUAAAUGACACUUUUUGUUUGUUUUGAGCCUCAUAUCCUGUGGAUUUUAUAGCUUAUCCUGUGUUUAAAUUGCUGAAUAUUUGGCUUUGUGAGUUUUUUUUUUCCACUUUAACCUAGAAAUGUGUCAUUUAGCUUGAGAAGAGUCCUCUGAUUAAAUGCUUGAGUAUUUUCUUUAUUGUUUACUAAAAACACCUGAAACAUCUUGGAUAACCAGCUGUCUCCAGGCAUCAGUGAAAUUUGACAUUUGUACAAAAGUGUGUCUUGUCUAAAUAAAAUGGCAGUUAUGUCAAA